AUCAUAUGAACUUGUGGGCUAGAUUUAACUGUUCCAUGGGCCGGAUUUGGCCCCCGGGCCUUGAGUUUGACACCCCUGAUCUACACCAUGUGUCAUGUGCUGUUUUGUUGUAUAUAUAUUUCACAUCUCUCUUAUAAUGUCUCUGAGCCUAAAUUUUCUGUUUAUUUUGUCUCUUUCUUCCUUUUGAAUACUUUUUUACAUUCUAUAAAUGACAUAUUUGUAUACAGAUUGUUGUCUCUGCUGUGUUUGUCAUUGGCCUUGGCUUGUCAUGGCUCACAUACCCUCAGUGUUUUUAUCAGCUCCUAAUUCUACAGAAAACCGGGUGGAUCAUUUUUGGUGAUGAUGACUUCAUUUCCUGUAGACAGAACGGGAAAUAAAUAAAAAUAAAACUCAAUUGUUUCUCAGCUUCCUGUUAAAUACAUGAAUAAAUAACGGCUGAUGUGUUUCUUCAUUUCAGGCCUCUUAUUUUAUUUCUCAUCAGUGAGGUAAAUUAACUGCUGUGAGCCUAAACCCUGCUGUAACACAGUUAAAAAGGUUCAUGUAAGGGAGUUUAGCAGUGUAAAGAAGGUUGAAAGAACAGGAUAAGGAGGAGGAGGAGGGUGAUUUUCAUGCUGUCAGUGUUAUCACAGGAAACACAGACGGUUGCAAACACUGCAACACAACCAAAAGGAGGAACUGGUCCGGAGAAGAGUUUUCAUUUCACAGACAGUUUCAGGAUUCAGGAUCGACAGGAUGAGAAUAUUUCUCCUUCUGCUCCUCUCACUGGUGACAGGUGCUGACGCCUCGUCUACAGUGACAGGAUGCCAAGAUGGAUGGAUUGAUUUUACCUGCCAAAAUCCCAAUGGAAACAAGUAUCAAACGAUCAGUGUGAUGAAUCAGUUAGCAUAUAUAGGCCAACUAAAUACUGAAAGUAAUCAGAGGGAAAGCAUAGGCAGAGUGUCCAUGUACCAUGACAAAAAUAAAGAAAAUCUGAGGGUGUUUAUCGAACAGCUUCAACAGGAGGAUGAUGGGGAGUGGAAGUGUAAAUUUGGCAGUAGAAAUUCCCUCGACACCCUGGACCUAAAGGUAGAGACAGAUGAAUCUGAGUGCCAGGUACCGUAUUUCCAAACAGCGUACAAAAAAGCUAAAACCACCAUCACAUGUGAAUACCCCGGAGACAAAAAUGAGUCUGAAGUCCAGAUUUUCUGUAAAGAGAGAGGCUACAUCUGUGAAGAUAUUUUAUCCACAGAAUCUGGGGGGUCAAACGGGUCGUUCAGCCUCAUAGAAACUGAUAAAGGCUUCAAUGUGUUCAUCAGUGACAUCAACUCAGAGCAUGGUGGUGUUUACUGGUGUGGACUGAAGUCUGAAGAGGGACGUUAUCGAGCUGGAGUCAGCAAAAUACAACUAAAGAUUCAGGAUGUUACUGACUUCAAAAAGCGUUCAACAGUCGGGGGAACUUCAGAUUUCAUUUUUAGAUAUUCAGCAGAUGAAUCAGAGAAAUUUGUCUGUAAAGGAGAAGAUCCUUCUCUGUGUCAUCCUCUCAUAAGCACCACAGAUAAAAGAACCCGCAGUCGAAGGUUUACCAUGAGAGUUGAUAAAAACAAAAAUAAAAUCCGGGUAACUCUGACAGCGGUGAAUCUAAACGACACUGGUACGUACUGGUGUGGAGAAAAGAGCACUGAUGGAACAAAGAGCCACACGUUCACUCACAGGAUGCUGCUGACUGUUGUACCAUCAUCACCAUCUUCAUCUCCUGGUCCUACAACUCAGCCGACUCCUGUCCCACCUGAGGAUCAUGGGAAGAGAGGGGGUCUCUUCAUUGUUGGGAUCAUCCGUGUAGCUGUGGUCAUGAUGGUCUUCAUGCUGGCAUCUUUCCUUUUCUACAAACGAUGCUCCAAAUCAAGAAGUACAGGAAACGGCACAGCGGAGCAGAACACCAGAGAGGAUUACUUCUAUGAGGAGAUACAGGAGCGCGUCCCAAAUCCAGACUCACGAUGUGCAGCAAAAACCAUUUACGCCAACAUUAACUGUCCAAAGACCCCUCAGCCUCGCUGCGUUACUCUGCCAUCAGCCUCCAGCAGAGCCCCGGCAGAGCUGGAAGUGAGGGACUGACCCUGAAACCGAGCUCCUCGGCCUGUGAAUAUUCAGCUGUAAAGGCAAACCAAAGUCCAGACGACUCUGCUGUCAGACAUCCAGCCAUACCUUCAGAGGAUCCUCUCUACUCCACCGUCAGCAAGACUCAGUGUGGAUGAAUGAACUCUGAUGACAGUAAAGGUUUUCAGCCCGUUUACUGGACUCUGGUAAAACGUACCAAAUACCAAUGUUAUAUUGUAGCUGCAUUGCUGCUGUGUUUUGGUUCUGUGCCUCUGUGAGUCCUCUGUUGUUUUGUGGAUCUUUGUUUGUUCCCUGUUUCUGUGUGUGUGUGUGUGUGUG